AGUCCUGCACAGAGUGGAAGAAAAAGGAAGAAGACGAGUGAGGGCUGAGUGUCGGAAACCGUUUAUUAUUUAUUGUGUAUUGUACACUUGGUAAUAAGUGUUGAGCCGAAACAGAAGAAGGGUUCAGUGGUUGUUUCAACACUACCUUGUCAUUGUUCUGUUGGUCUGUGCACGGACUAACAUAGAGCUGCCCGGCCUCUGCUUUGACUCUUAUUUUAAUGUUGCUCACCAACGAAUUACAGCGGGGAGAGGAGUACUGACACCACGUAACACAGUCUGGGAUCCCCCUAAAAGAGGCUCCUGGAUAUCAACUCGCAAAAGCUCAGACCUUCUGCAGUUCAAUCCGCCUUAUAGUGUCAGAAAGCCAGACUCAGCUGUUACAUCACAAAGCAGCAAGAAAACAUGAACUGGGACAGUCAGUUAAACUCCAUCCUGUCUGUAGCUGAUGGCAACGUCUCAAAGAUGAGGGAAAGACUGACAGCUGGAAAAUUUUCUAAAGGAGCAGAAGUGAAGGACAGUGGAAUUAAAUCAGAUUUGGACCCUGCUGCCCCUUCCCAUGUGGCCCACCCUGACCGUAAGCCUCCCUCGUCUCUCGGUUCAUGUGUACAGUGGGCUGACCUUGCUGCCAUUCAGUCACAGCUCCAGAUACAGAGCCAGCUGAUCGAGACCCUCACGCAGAAACUCCAUCAUCUGGAAAGGGAGGAACAAUCUCAGCAAUGUCACAUUCAGACUCUGCAAGAGGAGGUGCAGAGCCUUCGUGAAGAGCUCAGGAAGAGGGACCAAGAAAGGGAAAACCUGAGUUCAGGAGUGGAGCGGAGGAUGGAGCAGUGGAGGAGAGAGGUUGGACGUGAGCUCAGCAGCCUGCGGGGAAAUAUCACCCAGGCCGCAUCGCGAGGCAACCCAGAAGAGAGUUUCAGCUUGAAGCUCCGUCGGGAUGAGCUGGAGCACCUGCGAAGAGAGCUGGACGCUCUGAAAACACGGAUAAGGAGACAGGAGGAGGACAUGCACCUCCAGCAGACAGAGGCAAGGGAGACGAGAAGACAAUACGAACGCAGCUGCAAGACGUUGGAGGAGCUGACAGGCAGCUACAGAGCACACAGCACUGAUCUCAUAAAGACUCUCAGCCAGUAUUCCCGCACUCAGCAAGAAGUCCUUCAGAUGAGAACAACUGUGUCAGAACUGACGAAUGAAGUGAGGAGUCUAACUCUCCGAGGACAGGAAUCACCACCUUUGCUGUCUGCGCUCACAACAAGUGCCUCGCCGCUCCUGGCCCCUCGCAGCCGGAGCAGAGGGCUCAGAGCUGAUGAGGUAGAUUCAGACUCUGAGGAUUUCAGCCCGACUCCGAGUCUGGCAGAGAUCAGCUCUGAUGAUCUGUCCUGGCUGGAGUACAAAGACCCUGCUCCACACCGGCGGGCACCUCCGAGCGUUCAUUCCACACCAAGUGAUUUUGCUGGUCCGGGAUCAGAUGUGGAGGAUGACGGUGACGAUCUUCUUGAUGAUGUGGAUGAAAACGCAGAAUUAGAAUCUGACCUAAGUCUUAAAGACCUUUAAUGGUUUAUGCUGGAAAGUAAAAAAGGAAUAAAAAAACAUAUUUCCGUUAUCUACUCAGAAGAGGUAAAAACGGGAGCGUUCCCAUGCAGCUUGAAUAGCAAACCUCUGAAAAUAAAAAGGAGGCAAAGUGAAACAAGCUGGCAAAUGGCUCACCUUCUUGUUGGCCCCACAAGAAGGUGAAAGAAAACACUAAAUGCACAAUCCAUACAGUGAAGCAUGGUGGCAGCAGAUGUUUCUUUUCCAGGGACAGGGAAGCUGCUCAGAUUUGACAGGAAAAUGGAUGCAGCUAAAUCCGGGGCAUUUCUUGGAUAUUUUAUAAACAUCAUUUGUACCAUGUGGAAAAACUGCUGUAGUAUUUUAGGACUUUGUAAAAACUAAUAACAGCAUUUUGUUUCAGAAAUAUGAGGGGUCACACAAUGUCAAAGGAUUUUUGUUUUAGAUUGUCUAUGUAUAUUGUGGGGACUUUCAGCAAGUGAUUUCACAUUCAUGUCAGUUUGAGGUACUGUUGGGACUUUACCCACAUGUUCCAACUAAUACGGAGCUGUGGGAACAAACGCAGGAGGCUGGCAGCUGUUUAAAGAUGUCUUUGAAUAAGCUUGCCAUUCAUAAUGGUUAGCAAUAAAGCCAGGAAAACAGUGGGUUUCUUUACAACAUGAGCCACACCAACUACACUGCUGUAAUUGUUGCCUCAGCUUCUGCUCACAUACAGCGCUGACUAUAAAUUACAUGUCCUAACACAGUGACAGACUACGGGCUAAACCACAAUGUUUGAUUUUUAGGCAAGAGACGACUAAAAGGGAGUUUGUUCUGAUUAUAACUUUUGGGGAAGGUGCGGCUUUGAUGUGGGGAUGUUGGCUCAAAGCAACCGUCUGAUCCAUUGGGAUACGUAACUGAUCUCUGGUUUGCAAAGUCAAAAGAAAGCCGAAAUUGCACUAAGCUGCUAACUUUAAUUGAUUAGAUACCAAGAAGCAGAGUAAUGCUCAUUAAUCCACAUGGAAGACAACCUUUUAUUUCUCUACAUGCAGUAAAGAAUCGCAGAGACUGUUUGCUCAAAGUUUUGGGUAUCAUGGAUGGCCCAAUGUCAGAAUCCAUUACUCUUCCACGCUGGGCAGAGUAAUGGAUUUUUAAUGGGCAUGUUAUCCUCCCAUGGUGCACUCCUCAGGCCAGAAUGAAUCCUGUGAGGGUUCCUUUUUGGCUCCUGUUGAACUGACAGAAGUGAAGGCAGGAAGAAAUCGAAAACCAUCAUCGAUAUUAAGGAGCCAAUCUCUCCACAGCGCUCUCGGCCUACACAAGACGGACGAUGGUCUCUUCGUGUCGUUAUGUUUGGCAUGAAUGGCAUUGUCAGGCUGGUUUUUUCCCCUCUGCUGAAGGUAUUGAUGCUUAAACUAAAAGAAAACACUGUUAGAACUCUAAUGAGCCCAAUCUCUGUUUUGUAGAGCAUUUACAAAGAAUGAUUUAGCGUCAACCGCAUAUAUUAACGUCGCUGGUAAAGAUGUGUAAAGAAGAAAAAACUUCAAAUUAAAACUUUUAGUCCAUUAGCAUUAACUCACACCGAAAAGUUUAGAACAAUUCAACCUUAAAUAUAAGUAUAUUAAUUCAGUGGGAGGAAAAAAAAAACCCACUUUAAAUCACCAGUGGCACUGAUAUUAGUAUCAACAACAAUCACUUUAACAUAAAUGAGGCAUUUUUUUAGGUUAUACUUUUCCGAGUUUGCCAGUUUCUGGAAACUUCUAAUUUGUAAUCUUUGACUUUGUUCUUGUUUCUCUUCCAAAAGCUGUGGAAACCUUGUUUUAGCACCUUUCAUCAUAAAUGUUUUGAAAUACAACAUUUAGGAAGAAAAAAACUGGUGGGUUCUGCCAGUAAACUAAAAAUGGACCAUCACUCAGUCUUUCAACAGGAUAAUGAGCAAAAACGUAUAACCAAUCCGUAGAAACGGUUCUCCGGCCCAUGGUUCCAUGGCCAUCUUGGUCCCCAGACCUGAAUCCAAUAGAAAACCUGAGGGAUGAGCUAAGGGAGAAUAAGAAAGGCCCAAGGACUCUGGAUGAUCUAGGGAGAGAGUAUUGGUUCAUGAUCUCUCUCCCACUGAAUAAAUGUAUUCAAUUGUGUUGGACUGGAUUUUUCCACAAUUUUCAGCGUCCGAUUAUGUUACUGCAAUUAAAGAUGAUUUUGUUUUAAGGCUUUUCAAACAUCUUCACAAGUGGUGCCAAUAAAUCGGAUCAGAGGCGUAUAAACUCAUUUUAUUGCAGAUUUUGUUUGAAACUAUGCUUAAAAAAUAGAUAUUUAUUCCUAUUGUUCAUGAAUCAAACCAUUUUCUUGACAUUUUAUGUUAAUCCGCCCUGUAUUGUUCAGUGUUGCUGGCAUGAAGCGCUGCAUUGAUGAAUGCAGGGAGAGAGAGUACAUGUUUUGUGUUUUCUCCUACAAUAAAGGUCUAUCAGAGAAAAACAGA